GGGACUUGGAAGGGUGGUUUUUGAGGAUCCCUGAGAGACACGGGGCUGGAAUAGACUGAAGGCUAUUGUAAAAACACGUACAUAUGAUGCAUGACAGAAUUCAAGGAAGUGGGAAAGUUGCCACAGUAAACUCCCUCCUGUAUGAUGGCAGAGUCUGUUAAUUUGUGUUGCUUUAUGCUUUAUGUGGAUCCUUGGUUCAUCCUGACAACUCAAGAACAGUCCCGGCAGCAUGGGUCUGUUUAUGGGACAAUUCAAGUGCUACAAGAUUUUGACGAUGGGGCUGGUCUUUUUGAUUUGGAUACUCUAUCUCAAGAUGUUCUGGCCUGAUAGCAUCACCUACCGGCUCCCAGGACCCCGUCCUGCCUCUAAAUUUGCUUCCAACUUCAUGGAAUCUCCCUCCCUCUUUGAUUCUCUCCCACAGGCACUCACCAACUUGACAUACCUUCUGUACUGGCCUCCAACCCCAGGAGAUGGGGGGAACCUUUUGGCCUCCACCAGCCCCCGGACCUCCACUUACCACCUGAGGAGUCCUGCCCGGGCCAGCUACACCCUGGGAGGCCACCUGGAGGCCAUCCUUGUGGCCCGGGACCACUGGGGCAAGCCCAAGACCCAUGGUGGAGAUCUGUUUAGGGCACAGCUGUUGGGUUCAGAAUUAAAUGCAGGGGUCCCCGGGGAUGUCCAGGACCUGGAGAAUGGCACCUACCUCUUGUCCUUCCCCCUGCUUUGGGCUGGCAGGGCCCAGGUGCAAGUGCGGCUGAUCCACUCCAGUGAGGCAGUUGGGGUUCUGCGGAGGAUCUGGACAGAGAAAGGAGCCACAGUUGAUUUUAAGGGAUAUUUCCGGGGACUAGAAGGACCUGAAGAGAUUGUGAUUUGCAAUGUUGACCCUCAGUCAACUGGUGCUAAAAAGGCUACCUGCCAGUACAGGGAUGCGGUUUCUGGUGAGCUCUGGUUCUGUGCUCAGCCUCCCACCUUGCCCUGCAACUCUUUAGUUGGUCACUCAAGUGGGCGUUACCUAAAAGUAACCACACAACAUGAUGAGCACCUACUGGCACGGAAUGUGACAGACAAGGUGCUCUCUCAGGGCAUUUCUCCAAUCCUGGUCAGACCUGCAGCCACAAGUAACACCACUCUGACCCUGUCCCCACAGCUCCCGUGCCGCCCUGGCCUCCUGUUCCCAAAGCCCUCUGGCUUCUACCAUGGAAAUGUGUGGCGCUCCCUGGGCUGUUCCAGCCGCUCCUUCCCCACGGCUGACAGCAUCCUCGGCUGCCUGGCUGGCCGCAUCGUCCACAUGAUGGGGGACUCCACGCUUCGGCAGUGGUGGGAGUAUCUGCGCGACACCGCGCCCUCCCUGAAGCCAGUGGAUCUACAUGCCCUGUAUCAGGCAGGGCCCCUGAUGGCCGUGGACACGACUCGGGGCAUAGUGCUGCACUGGCGGGCCCACAGCUGGCCCCUGCGCUCUCUCCGCACACCAGUGGCCUCCCUGCACUCAGUGGUCAGGGAGCUGGCGGGCCUGGCCGGGGGGCCCCACACCGUGGUCGUGCUGGGCUUGGGAGCCCACUUCACCACCUUCCCUCCGUCCAUCUUUGUGCGACGCCUGGCAGGGAUCCGGGCAGCUGUGAUGGCCCUGCUGGCCCGGGAACCCAGUACUCUCGUGGUCAUCAAAUUGGCCAAUACUGGCUACAAGUCUGUGUACGGCAGCGACUGGUUUACCCUGCAGGUGAACCGGCUCCUUCGAGCUGCCUUUUCUGGUGUCCGUGUGGCCUUUGUAGAUGCCUGGGAAAUGACCUCCAGCCUGCCCCUGCCGGACAACAUCCACCCAGUGAAGCUCAUUGUGCGCAAUGAGGUGGACCUGCUCCUCUCCUUCAUCUGUCCCACCUGAGUGCUCCUGAGGCCCUGGGGCUGUGCUCAUGGGGUACCUGGGGCCUGGCCACCGGAACUAUGCACAGGAAAGAUGGAACAAUGAAUUAACAGUGAUUCAGAGAGCAGUGGUGGCUCAAGGUUUACCACCUGCGUAAAUUCUCAACAUUUUGGUGGCCAUCUUCUCCUGCAUCUCUCUUGCACUACAUAGAUGAACAUGUAAUUUACAAAAAUGAGAACAUAUUUUUAAAUUCCCUUCUUUGGAGAAAUUUUUGUUGGUUAAAAUUGCACAUGAUACAGUUAUAAGGAACAGUA